GCCGGGCGGGCGGGCCCCGGCGUCGGGCCUGGGCGCGUGGAGCCGCGCAUAGGGGCUGGGCGGGCACCCGGCCCCGUCCCUCCCGGCGCCCGCUGCCGCCCACCCCCGGCUCGGCCCGAGGGUCCUGCAAGAGGCCGGCCCGGCCCCGGCGCUCCCCGGGAUUGUGACGUCCCCGGGGCUGCAGCCUCUCCCGUGCCCGCCGACCCCGUGCCCCCCUUCACGCCCUUGCGUGACCCCCAGCCCGGAACCCACCCACCUCACCACCACCACGCACCUACCCCGUCUCCCUUCUCCGCCACCCGAGCAGUCGUGGAGCCUCCAUGCCGCAGGAAGGGGACGGGAUUUCACACCGGCUGCCGAAUCAUCCACCCAGGACUUGGUGUCCAAGGCACAGAGGCUCCUUAGCCACGAUGAUGAAUGCGGACAUGGACGUUGAUGCUGAAAAUCAGGUGGAACUGGAGGAAAAGACGCGCCUCAUUAAUCAGGUGCUGGAGCUCCAACAUACGCUUGAAGAUCUUUCUGCAAGAGUAGAUGCAGUUAAGGAAGAAAAUCUGAAGCUAAAGUCGGAAAAUCAAGUUCUUGGACAAUAUAUAGAAAACCUCAUGUCAGCUUCUAGUGUUUUUCAAACCACUGACACAAAAAGCAAAAGAAAGUAAGGGCUGACGUCCCUUUGAUUUUACAAAAUUGCUGCUGAUCUUUUCCUUUAAAAUUUGGGUAGAUUCCAAAAGUUAGAGUGCUUUUGUCUGUGGCUUCAUUGACUCUUUACGAAGGGGAUUCAGAUCUCGGCAGAAAUUUUCAGAGCAGAACAGAAGACUCCUGUGGUUUGUGUUAGUCUAUAAAAACGUGCAGGUGUAUUGUAGAGACUUUAUAAUUAGAAAUGCAUAUAUUUAUGAAACUUGAAGAUGAAUGUUUUAUGCAAUUUGCUUUGAUUUCUAGAUUUAGCACUGUCUUUUAUUAUAGACAUAGUAAGAGAUGCAAGAAAUUAACCAUGUUGUGAAAAAGUGACCAAAAUCACGUACUGAAUGCACAGCUUUAUGUCCCUGCCCACCGUCGCGUGCCUCUUCCCGUCUGCUUUCUCCUCCCCUGCCCGUCCCCUGCGGGAAACACUGGUUUCUCCUGUGUAAGUGUAACUUUAGUAGUCGAUAUUCUGAAAUCUGUCUGUUGAAACUUAACCAAAAUAAGGCACUGGCUCAGUUUGAGCUUAUUGUUAUACUUAGGAUCAAGAAUAGAAUAGUAUUGUAUUGUUUUCUCUUUAAUCAGUUGAAAGCAGAAGCUAUAAAAAAUGGAUUUUAUGUCUUUGAAAUUGAUCUGUCAAAUUGGGGAGAUUGGUUCAAACUUCCCUUUGCACAGAAUAACCCAUUUGGUAUCUGAAAAGAUGAGCUCUGGUUAAAUGUGUUUGAGACGGUUAUUUUGAGGGAAAUAGAAAUAGGGUGGAAGAGUAAUUGGCAAACAGUAGUAACCAGAUCCAAAUGUGUCGCUCCAGAUUUGUGUUAUCUUCAGCACAGAUUAGACCCGUGGGGAAUAUACAUAUAUCUGUAUGUAUGAAAGUGGAUAGAAGUUUGACUAACCUUGUUAGUCACAUUCCAGCCACAUCUGGAAGAGAGUUUGGCCUCAGUAUUUAUCUAUAGUAUCUAGAGAUCAACUCUGCAAAAUAGCUUGAGGUUAAUAGUAUCAGAAUCAUGAAUAAAAUGGGAGUGUUGUACCUGCAUAUUAAUAGAUGCAUAUUCAGUAUUUUAUCUCACUACUUCUCCCAGAAUUUUCUGUAAAUCCAACUAUUUGGUUUGCAGAGUUGUCAGUCUUUAAUAAUUUCUAAAAAAUUAAUGUGUAGAUGACAUUUGGUAAAGAAGUUACAGAAUUAGAAGUAAUACUAAGCUGUUACAUAGAAAAAGAGCCACUAAUAUAACUUCAGAUUAGUAGGUUUGAGCUACUUUGAAGUGGAAUAAUCUUGGGUUGUAUUGGUGUAUGAUUUGGUGAAUGAAUUCAGCUGAAUGACUAUAAUAGAUAAGCUACAAACAUUUUACUUCCUUUUUGUGAACUAAUUUACACUUAAGAUUGUGUCGCGAUUAUGCUUUGCUGUUUAAUAAAAAGCUGUUUCAGA